AUGAUAUGUCUUAGGUAUAUAAGAUUGUUGAAUACACAUACAAGGUUUUACCAUACAUAUGGAUCAUUAUUAACUAAUUUACAAAAAGAAAAAGUUGGUGAAUUAUUUCCAGAAAAUAAAGAUGAAUUUCAAAUUAGACAUAUUGGUCCACGACAGCAUGAACAAUUAGAAAUGUUGGAAACUAUUGGUUUCAAGAGUUUGGAAGAAUUAACAAAACUAGCUGUUCCAGAAAAAAUUCUUUAUAAAGAAGAACUGAAAAUUGAACAACCAGUUACUGAAUAUGAACUGCUAAAGAAAAUUACAGAAAUUUCGAAAAAAAAUGAUAUAUGGCGUUCAUAUAUUGGCAUGGGAUAUAAUAAUUGUUGCGUUCCUCACACUAUUAUGAGAAAUAUAUUCGAAAAUCCAGGAUGGACUACACAGUAUACCCCAUAUCAGCCAGAAAUUUCGCAAGGCAGACUUGAAGGUUUACUGAAUUAUCAAACAAUGAUAUGUGACUUAACUGGAAUGGAAGUAGCGAAUGCAUCUCUUCUGGACGAAGGCACUGCAGCAGCAGAGGCCUUAGCUCUUACUUGCAGGAGUAACAAACGAAAGAAAUUGUUCAUUUCUGAUAGAGUUCAUCCUCAAACAAUAAGUGUGAUCGCAACGCGUGCCACUUCUUUAGGUCUCGAUUUUGAAAUUGGAGACAUUUUUCGAGUUGACACCAGCACAAAGGACAUUGCUGGAAUUCUUUUGCAAUAUCCAGACACAACUGGAUCUAUUUAUGCAUUUGAGGAUGUCGUGGAGAAAUCGCAUGCAGAUGGUACAUUCAUUUGUGCUGCUACUGAUUUAUUAGCAUUAGCUAUACUCAAACCUCCAAGUGAAUUUGGGGUCGACAUAUGUAUUGGUACUAGUCAACGUUUCGGAGUCCCACUUGGAUAUGGAGGACCUCAUGCUGGGUUCUUUGCUUGUCGUAAAAAAUUAGUUCGUUUAAUGCCUGGUAGAAUGGUCGGUGUUACGAAAGAUUUAAAUGGUCAAAAUGCGUAUCGCUUAGCCCUUCAAACACGCGAACAGCAUAUCAGAAGAGACAAAGCUACUAGCAAUAUUUGUACUGCACAAGCACUACUAGCAAAUAUGUCUGCAAUGUAUGCUGUGUAUCAUGGACCUAAAGGAAUAAGAAAUAUUGCAAACAGAGUACAUUUUCUGAGUUUGAUUUUAGCAAAAGGUUUAGAAAAAACAGGAAAUAAAGUGGAUAAUGAAUACUUUUUUGACACUAUAAAAAUAUUGCCUACAAUGUCUCUGAAAACUAUAAAAGAAAAUGCAACUGCAUUUAAAAUAAAUUUUAGGUACUAUGAGGAUGGUAUUGGAAUAUCUUUGGAUGAAACUACUACAGAACAAGAUAUAAAUGACAUUUAUAAGAUAUUUUCCACAGAAACGACCGUUGAAGAAAUAUAUAAGACAAAAACGUACCUAGAUAGAAGUCUCAAUAAAUCGCAGUUCGUUCGAACUACCCCAUAUUUACAACACCCUAUAUUCAAUAGCUAUCAAUCCGAAACAAGAAUAGUUCGUUAUAUGAAAUCUUUAGAAAAUAAGGAUGUUUCCCUCGUACAUAGUAUGAUACCACUGGGUUCCUGUACAAUGAAAUUAAAUUCCACAACGGAAAUGAUGCCUUGCAGUUUGCGCAAAUUCACGGACAUACACCCUUUUGUUCCUAUCGAACAGACUAAAGGAUAUCAACAGUUAUUUGCUGAGUUAGAACAGGAUCUUUGCGCUAUAACGGGUUACGAUAAAAUAAGUUUUCAACCAAACAGUGGAGCUCAGGGAGAAUAUGCUGGUCUAAGAGCUAUACAAUGUUAUCACGAGUCGAAUGGAAACAGCCAUCGACAAGUCUGUUUGAUUCCCAUUUCUGCUCAUGGUACUAAUCCUGCUUCUGCUCAAAUGGCCGGUAUGCAAGUGAAGCCUAUCUUAGUGCAGAAAGACGGUUCUAUGGACAUUGCACAUCUAACAGAAACAAUAAAUAAGCAUCAGGAGACACUGUCUUGUUUGAUGAUAACAUAUCCAUCGACGAAUGGUGUGUUUGAAGAAACGAUUAGUGAUAUUUGCACUAUAGUUCAUAAAGUUGGAGGUCAAGUGUAUUUAGAUGGAGCUAAUAUGAAUGCUCAAGUUGGAUUAUGUCGUCCAGGUGAUUAUGGCAGUGAUGUUUCACAUCUGAAUUUACAUAAAACAUUCUGUAUACCUCAUGGUGGUGGAGGGCCUGGAAUGGGACCUAUUGGAGUUAAACGGCAUCUCAUACCUUUUCUUCCAUCUCAUCCUGUAAUUAAUUGUUCGGGUAAUGGACGUAAUAAUAUAAAACAAUCAGGUGCGGUAUCAGCUGCACCGUUCGGUUCAUCUGCUAUUUUACCAAUUUCGUGGGCUUAUAUCAAAAUGAUGGGUCCAAAAGGACUAAGAAAAGCAACACAAGUUGCUAUACUAAAUGCUAAUUACAUGAGUAAAAGACUAGAGAAGCAUUAUAAGACCCUGUAUAAAGGAAAAUCAGGAUUAGUAGCGCAUGAAUUUAUUUUGGAUAUGCGAGAGUUUAAAAAAAUGGCAAAUGUCGAAGUUGUAGAUAUUGCUAAAAGAUUAAUGGAUUAUGGUUUCCAUGCUCCGACAAUGAGUUGGCCUGUAACAGGUACACUAAUGAUCGAACCAACUGAAUCUGAGGACAAGAAAGAAUUGGACAGAUUUUGUGAUGCUUUAAUUUUUAUACGACAAGAAAUUGCUGAUAUAGAAAGUGGCAAAUUAGAUAUUGCUAAGAAUCCAUUGAAAAUGGCCCCACAUACACAAGAACAAGUAAUAUCAAGUAUAUGGGAUAGACCAUACUCACGAGAAUUAGCAGCAUUUCCAGCUCCAUUUGUAAAGGGAAAUAAAAUUUGGCCAAGUGUUGGAAGGAUAGAUGAUAUAUAUGGAGACCAAAAUCUAUUCUGUACAUGCCCUUCUAUUUUACCAGAUCAAUAA